AUGGGAAAUACUCCAUCAUCUUCUUCUGUAGAGAAGAAUAUAUUUAUAAAUAAUUUAAUAAAAAUAGAUUUAAAUGAUAAACAACAGAUAGAAUCUAUCGGUAACACUUACAAAAAAAAUAAUGUAAAUAAAUUAAAUAAUAAUAAAAAUGGUAAAAAAAAUAGUAAUCAAAAAAAUAAAAAAAUUAAAAUAUCAAAAAAUAAAAUAUCAAAAAAUAAUUGCGGUGAAAAUUCGGAAUUAAUUUCAACCAAUGAAAUUUUACAUUCAAAUGGUAAUAAUAAAAAAAUAAUAUUACCAGAUAUAGUAGUUUUAAAGAUUGUUCAAUAUGCAGUCGAUAUUACUUUCCCAAGUAAAUCUUUUAAUACAGUUUCAUUAGUUUGUAGACAAUGGUGCAAAUAUGCCAUCGGGUGCAUUAAACAUAUCCAUUAUCAAUUUAAAUAUCUUUACGAAAAUACCAAGCAAAUAAACAGGUGUAAACUUUUAUGUAGAUGGCUGUCCAAAGAAAACCAUUAUUUUACAAAUAAUCAAAUUGAGGCUGUUUACUUUAAAUUUGGCUUUGACCCUUUGGGCUAUUGUACUAUUAGACCCUAUCUUAUGAAGUCCAAUGUUAGAUUAUUACAAGGAAAUAAUUGUACUGAUAAUAAUAAUAAUAAUAAUAAUAAUAAUAAUAAUAAUAAUAAUAAUAAUAAUAAUAAUAAUAAUGAUAGUAGAAUUAAAAAAAGAAAUGGAUAUAUUAAAGAGUUUAUACUUAGACACACGAAAUUAAAUAGUUUUAGAUUAUCAAUUUUAUUACAGGCCAUCACCAAAUCAAAAAUAACCAUUGUAAAUUUUUCCGAUAAUGAAAUAUCUGGUGAUGAAAAAUUAGAUGAAAUCUUAAACUGUCUUAGCAACACCAGAACCCUUAAAAUCCUUAAUUUAGCAAGAAAUCAAUUAACAACUCCGACCGCUCAUCUAAUCAUCCAAUCAUGUUUAAAAGGUUCCAUAGACGACUUAGACCUAAGAGGUAAUGCCAUCAGUAAAAGUGACCGAGAAUCCUUCAAAUGCGAAUAUUCAAAUAAAUUUAAAUCUUUUUUAAUUUAA